AUGCCACAGAUCAGAGCGAAAAGCAAGGCUGAGGACCUUGCCCGAGUUCGCAACAAUCAACGAAACUGUCGCGCGCGCCGAAAAGAGUAUGUCCAUGACUUGGAACAGAAAGUAAAGUUCUACGAGACUACACAGAACGCUCAAGUGGAUGAAUUACAUAAAAGGAUGGAACUCCUCGCCGUCGAAAAUCAGCUGCUAAAGUAUUUUGUGGAAUCCGUAACCUCCACAAUGGACCCGACAUUUGAACAACCUUUCGCUCCAUUGCGGGAGGAUCACAGAGCUAUGACUGGGUCUGAGCUUGACUUAGAUCUGCUGGUCUCCUCGGGGUAUCCGAUGUCGUCAACUUCAAUGCCUGACGUCAGCUCUACUUUUCCGUGCCUGACACUGGACAACAACUCCAAUUGUGCGCAGACAAUCAGCAUCCCAGGUGGCACUAAGCCCAUCCAUGCUAAAGGAAGUACUCCCCGAGAGGAAAAUGCAAUUACAUCAGAUACCUAUCUGCCUGAACUGCCCCCACCUGAUGACCAAUUCUUAUACAUGUCAUCACAACUACCGGAAAAUGUGGUCCACGUUUUACAAUCACCAAAUUUCUCACAGAUGGAGUUCAUGCCACACAACGUGCUCGCCCAAGACGGGUCCCUGCCAUCAAACUCUGGAUACGCUGCCAUGAACUGUAAUCCGGGCUCGUCGAAUCUCUUAUCAGAGCACACCAUCUCUUGUUCGGAGGCCUGCAAGCUCUUGGAUCCAGUCGAAAUCAGCGACUAA